GGGCCGUUAACACAGCUCUUUUGCUAGGAGCUCGGAUUGUUGUCAUUAUACUGGAUUCUACAGUGGAGAGAAUAUAUGUUUCAUGUGUAUCGAGUAAAGGAAAAGAAGGGAAACCCGUAACAGCAGCAUAGAGAGCAUUCGUGUGGAUAUGGUGGCAAACAACAGUUGAGCAGUAGAGUGCGAAAGUUCUUGCGCGGGGGCAGAACCCAGUGCAACAAAAAAAAAAAAUAUCAAAGCGUGUGUUUAUAGUCAAAAGGAUAAUAAAAUACUGGAUAACACAGUGUGUGAAAAGAGUGCUUGAUAAUUGAAGUCUAAUACGAUCAUUUGUACUGGAUUUAUACAAUUUUGGAUACCGUACCCAAAUGGUGAUACUAGACGGAGCAGCAAUGUUGCAAGUUGGAAAUAAUCAGUACCUUCAGCCAGAUUACAUGUCGCCGCUGCCGACGACGUUGGACGCUAAGAAAAGCCCAUUGGCAUUGCUGGCUCAGACAUGCAGCCAAAUCGGCGCUGAUUCCGGAAAUAUAACAGUUAAAUCGCUGGUAUCACCACUAUCGUCAUCGUCGUCAGCUUCUUCUACCAAUUCCAUUGAGAAUGGGCCUAAUUCGGCGAGUUCUCGUUCGCCGUCGGUGAAAACGGAAAAAUCCGAUUCGUCUCCUGAAAUAAAAUUGGCGUUCAAACCGUAUGAAAUGAAUGUGCUUACAACAAAGGUGAAGAAUGAAGAUCGUCCCUCAUCGAAAAUGAGCAGUGGAAGUGAUGUGCAAAACAAUAAUAGUGUAAGCCAUAUAAAUCACAAUGAAAUUAGAAAAGACACGCGUACUUCUUCGCGUGGUAGUGCCGAAUCUCCUGGUCGAGCAGGAAGUGUACACAUGAAGAACAAUGAAGCUAGUGAAAAUGGGAAAAGUUCACCGGAAGGUGGUAGUAGAAAAACCAGUUCACCAACCGAUCGUGACAAGACAUCUGCCAGUCCGGUUGUGCGACCGGGUGCAGAUAUGUUCCCAGGAAAAGAUAUGCAAGGAUACAAACCUGGUGCAUACAGCAUCAACCCUAUGACUGGAAUGCCUUCACCGUCGGGAAUUGAUCAUACAAAUCCGGCGUUCCGACCUCCGUUCGCGGGUGCAUUCAGUCACCAUCACGCGGCCAUGUUAGCUGCUGCUUAUCCUGGAGCAGCCGCUGCUGCAGCAGCUGCUGGAGCUAAUCCAUACCUCAGUUAUACGCGUGUUAAGACACCAUCCGGCGGCGAAACGCUAGUCCCCAUUUGCAAAGAUCCAUAUUGUACGGGUUGCCAGUUUUCAGCUCAUAACCAUCAGAUGAUGAUGGGUGGACAGUGUCCUGCCGGGUGCACUCAGUGUGAUCACCAAAAAUAUAGCUUGGCCAUGGCAAUGGGAACCUUGCCACCGGGAUAUCCUUAUCCACCGGCGGCUACGCAGCCUGGUCGUCCCUAUAUGUGCAACUGGGUCAUCGGAGAUUCCUACUGCGGCAAACGCUUCAACACUACUGAUGAACUAUUGUCUCACUUACGUACACACACGGCAAACUUGUCCGAUCCAGCGGCAUUAGCCCUCCAACAACAACUGAUGCCACUGAGUGGUAUCUUCCCCCCAUCGUCUUUGCAUCGAGGCUAUCCAAAUCCCCCGCUGAGCCCGCUUUCUGCAGCCAGAUAUCAUCCUUACGCAAAGCCUGGAACACUCCCGGCUGGUCUUCCUGGAUCACCGUACGGAGCCGCAUUUAAUCCGGCCGCUUUUGGGCAGUACUACUCACCAUAUGCUGCGGCCCUGUACAGUCAGCGAAUGGGAGCUGCUGUUCAUCAGUGAAAUAUCUAACCAAUCGGAGUGCCGUGGUGUUAUUUUCUAUAAAUCUGUGAUAUUAACCUUAUUCUAUCGCAAAAAUGGAAUAAUAAAAAUGAAACGAUACAGAUAGCAUCAGGCUUUGUUUAGUUUGUUCCAGCAGUACGUGUAUCGUGGCUGUAAAACUGGUUUCAAGAUUUUCUGCGAUUCAUAAGUUAUUUGACCUGAAACGAAAAACCAAAUAGACUCAAAGUGAACCGUUCUUAAGACUAGUUUGAUGCCAUGGUUUUCAAAUGAAACUUUCAAUGUCAUAAGGAUUAAAACGCGGAAAAAGGUUCAAUUUGUAAAACGCAUUCAGGAAGUACCGACGGCAUUUUGUUCUCUGAGUUAGAGUUUAGGCAGCACGAUUUUCUCCAAUGAUAAAAAAAAGUUCCGUCGUAAGAAACGCAAAAUUAUUUUAUUGUUUAUUUCAAGCUAUGCUUUCGAUUACUGGUAGAGUUUAUUUUGUUCUUACUUGUUGCAAAACUGAUAUGGAUAAAAAGGUAAUAAGAAGGUGAAAAUUGUUUCAAUAAAUGUUUAGUGAAUUUUCCUUGCCAGUGUCCGCAACUAUUCUGUACAGUCGAAACAAAGUUUUAGAGUCGAUAAAAAUUAUGAGAUCUAAAGUAGCAAGCCGCAAAAAUUUAUUAACUAUCUUAAGGUGUACGAAAAUAAAGACACGAAUAAAUAAAUGAUUUUGUAA